AUGGCCGCCGUUAGCAGCAAGCAGCAGCAGCAGCAGCAGCAAGGCCAGCCUCUGAUUGUGGCCGACGGCGUGGCCAACCUGCUGGACGCCGCCGCGGUUGCCGCGUUCCUGGCCUACGGCAGGGAGAGAGCACUGUCCCUUGCGGCGGACGCCAAGCACGGCGCACAGGUGGCGCGGGUGCGGCUGGGCGUCGACGCCACCGUGCGCAAGGUGCUCGGCCAUCCCCCGCGCGGUCAGCGCCGUGGAGGAGGGGGUUCGGAGGACUAG